CUGUCGGACUAGUGUAGCGUUUCAUUAACACACCCCCAACACCGUCUCAAUCUCCACACCAACUGCAUUCGGAUAAUAUUUAUCAGUCGGAACUACAGAACAACAACUUACCACAAAGGACUAAACAUCGGUAACUGCUUUCUAAACUCCUGAUGGCGAUGGGUGGCUUUCAUUAGUACCACACAGGACGAUCUGUGGGCUUGAUCAGGGGAGAAAGGUUUUUAACUUGAGGACGUUAUGGAGGCGCACAAACUCCAAGCAGUUAUAUUUAUAGCGCUGGCUUUGUUCAGCUCUGUGAGUUCCGUCCAGUUUCCGGAUUCUCUUCUGGCUCGAGAAUGGGCGGAUCAGAUUCAGGAGGACCUUGUACAAGUAAUUAAUGCUGAGAGUGGUAUGCAGCAACUCACUGAGAUUUUUCAGCAAUUCAAAACACACUACAGUGUGGAAAAAAAUAACCCUCAGGAACUGGUAGUCAGUGCUGCCAAAAACAUCGAAAAGCUGCUGGCCAAACGAUCCAAAGCUCUUGAGACUCUGGCCUCAGCUGCAGAGGAGCUGCAAAUGACAUAUACAUGGAGAGAUGAGUUUGAGGAGGACAGCAUUUCAUAUUACAAUGCCAAAGAUGAGCUUAAUAAUGACAACCCAAAUGGAACCAUAACAGAAAUUCAGUAUGAUCCAGACUUUAACCGUAAUGUGUCAUACAACGCCACAGCAGUUCACAUCCCCACCGACAUCUUCGAGGGCUCCACUAUUAUUUUAAAUGAGCUGAGUUGGACAGCACAACUAGAUGAAGUGUUCAAGAACAAUAAAGAGGAAGACCCAUCACUUCGCUGGCAGGUGUUUGGAAGUGCUACUGGACUUGCCAGAUACUUCCCAGCUGCCGAAUGGACAGAAACACCAAGAAAAAUCGACCUGUACGAUGUACGGAGAAGGCCAUGGUACAUUCAGGGAGCAUCUUCACCCAAGGACAUGCUGAUUUUAGUGGAUGCAAGUGGGAGUGUAUCUGGACUGACUCUUAAACUGAUCCGCACUUCUGUCAACGAAAUGCUGGAAACUCUUUCUGAUGACGAUUUUGUCAAUGUUGUUGCAUUUAGUGAUACAGCCAGACGGGCUGCCUGUUUUGAGAACCUUGUCCAAGCCAAUGUCCGUAACAAGAGGGUUCUAAAGAAAGCAGUGCAGAACAUCACUGCCAAAGGCAUCACCAAUUACAAGGCUGGAUUUGAGCUAGCCUUCAAGCAACUCUCUGCGGUCAAUGUGUCAAGGGCAAACUGCAACAAGAUCAUCAUGCUGUUUACGGAUGGAGGAGAAGACCGAGCAGCUGAGAUCUUUGAAAAGUACAACCCUGACCAAAGGGUUCGUGUGUUUACUUUCUCUGUGGGCCAACAUAAUUAUGAUAAGGGACCUAUCCAGUGGAUGGCCUGCGCAAACAAAGGAUAUUACUAUGAGAUUCCAUCAAUUGGAGCCAUCAGGAUCAACACUCAGGAAUAUUUGGAUGUGCUCGGGAGACCCAUGGUAAAGGCUGACAAAGUUGCCAAGAUAGUACAGUGGACUAAUGUGUACCAAGAUGCACUUGAUACUGGCCUGGUCAUCACUGGAACGCUGCCAGUCUUUAAUAAAACUAGCAUAAGAGACAGAAGCAAGAUUGGCACAAAAGUCGGCAGAGACAGGAGAAAGGGCAGUGAGAGUCAGCUGAUACUUGGCGUGAUGGCCAUUGAUGUGCCGCUGAUAGACCUUAAGAGGCUGACACCACGCUUUACUUUUGGACCAAAUGGAUAUUACUUCGCUAUUGAUCCCAAUGGAUAUGUGCUGCUUCAUCCCAAUCUAAAACCAGAGAACCCCAGGUUUCAGGAGCCAGUCACAUUAGACUUUUUGGAUGCAGAGCUGGAGGAUGAGAUAAAAGUGGAGAUCAGGAUAAACAUGACAGAAGGAGUAAAAGGCAGUCAGAAUGUAUUAACUUUGGUGAAGUCCCAGGAUGAGCGCUAUAUUGACAGCGGCUUAAGGACAUACACGUGGGUUCCAGUGAUUCACACUGAUUACAGUCUUGCAAUAGUUCUACCUGAAUACAGUCAUCACUACAUCCAAGCCAAAAUAGGAGACACCAUAACCCAGGCCAAGUUUUUAGAAACUCUACAGAUUGAUAAAUUUGAAGAGUUUGGCUACACCUUUAUAGCUCCAAGAGAGUACUGCAGGGAUAUGAACCUGGAGAUUGUGAACAACAAAGAGUUCCUGGCUGAGUUUAAUGAGUAUAUUGACAGGAACACACCAAACCAUCCAAUGUGUAAUGUGGAUCUGGUGAACCGGCUGUUACUGGAUGCUGGCAUCACAUCGGAAAUGGUGAAAUACUGGAGGGAACAAACUAUGAGUAACAGAAUCAGUGCUAAAUUUGUGGCCACAGACGGAGGAAUCACCAGAAUUUAUCCAAAAAGUGCUGGUCCAGAGUGGAGUGAGGAUCCAGAGACAUACGAGUCCAGUUUCUACAAGAGAAGCCUGGAUAAUGAUGCUUAUAUAUUUACACCACCACUACCAGACAAUGGAAGUCGAACCCCUGAAUCCAUCUUGGUGAGCAGAGCAGUGGACCUUACUAUUAAUGAUGUUUCACUCAAACCAGCGGUGGUUGGUGUAAAAUUGUCCAUUGUUAACUGGAUGGAGAGCUUCAUUAAUGCUACAGAGAAAUCCAAUUGCAAUGGUGAGAUCUGUGGCUGUAAAAGAAACGAUCCAAACAUUGACUGUGUGCUCCUCGAUGAUGGGGGUUUCCUGGUCAUGGCCAAUAGGGAGACCUACAUUGAUAAGAUCGGUGAGUUCUUUGGAAUGAUUGACCCCAGUCUGAUGAGACAUUUGAUGAACGAGUCCCUGUUCACCUUCAAAAAAACCUAUGACUAUCAGGCAGUCUGCGACCCACCCAAGAAAAACGAAACAGGUGCUGGCCUCAGAUCAGUUUAUGUGCCCACAAUUGCAGAUAUACUGAGUGUGGGCUGGUGGGCCUCUGCUGUAGCUUGGUCAAUGAUGCAGCAGUUGUUUGUUAGCAUAACAUUUCCCAAUUUCUUGGAAGCAGCGGAUCUAGAGGAAGUUGUUGCGGAGAAAAAAAGCUGCAUUACAAUACAGACCCAGUAUUUUUUUGAAAAUGAUUUAAAAAGUUUCAAGGGGAACAUAGAAUGUGCCAACUGCUCUAGACAGUUCAUUGCAGAAAAGCUGUCGAAGACCAAUCUGGUGCUCAUCAUAGCAGAUGCAAAGGGGAGCUGCAGUACAUGUUCUGAAAGGCCUGUCACCCAGGCUGAGGAGCCCUCUACAGGUCCAGAUCCCUGUGAUAUAGCCAUGAACCCACGUUACAGGAAAGGUCCAGCGCUGUGUUUUGACAACAAUUACAGUGAGAAGAAAGUGGACUGUGGUGGGGUGGCUGGUCUGACUCCGUCCAUUUGGAGCAUGGCUGUCAUUCAACUACUGCUGCUCUGGCUCCUCAGUGGACUGGGACACUGCCCAUCAUGACCGCAGCCCUGCAUGGUCCCCCCUAAAAUGAUGCCAAACCCUCCUUAUGCCCAGUGAGUUUUAAUUACAAUCACAGGCGUGAAGUUAUGAAGUGGAAGCCUUUGAGAUACAUAUAAGACAAAAGCCUUAUGGAGUGUUCAUGUGCUGCUUCUAGUCGGCGCUGAUAUUACUGACGACCUUUAGCCUCUAGCCUCUUGAGUACAGCCUCGGUGCACUUGGGCAACAGGGUGGACAGCCUUACUGGAGCAGCACAGAUAUCCUGAGUACUGCUAUAAAAGCUUACUUUAACAGUCAUGACUGAUAGUGUCACUGCCAAAUAUUGUUCUCCCCUGUGCCUGUGCAUUGACAAUUGUCAAUUACAUACAUUUUCUUGAAAAUUUUUAGAAAUUUCUAGCAUCAUUAAAUGAAUUCAAUUUGGUACUGACAUAAACCCACCAAUUUCUGUUGUAGUGUCCAUCAUAGUACAGGCGGAAUCUGCUUUUUUAACCUUCUGCAUUGGGAAAUGCAUUUGCCAAAAAAGUCUGCUCUGCACUGCUGUGCCGGUUAAAAAACCUGGUGUUACAGCCCUUACUUACAAGUGUUUUACUGCGUAUGAAAGACAAACUUCUUAUUUUUCUAUGAGAAGUGGUGUGAUUGCAUGUGAGUGAGUCUGAUAUUUAAGUUCUUUAAAAUGGUUUAUACUGAAGAGAAGUAUGUGCUUGCUACUGCAUUUUAAUGUGCUGUCUAUUCUGAUUUAAAAGGAAUUUUAUUUAUUGUUCUCCCCAAUUGUACUUGAAUAUGAAUAUUAAAUCAAUUAAAUUAAAGAUGUUUGUAAUAUUAUAAUUGGUGCCUUCA